AUGACCGCCCCGGGGACGCAGGAGCCAGCCGAAGGUAAGAGUCGGCUUCGGCAGCGCUGUGGGCCGGGCGCCGUGGAGUCCUGGCGGCUUCCGCGCCAAUCUCUCCGGCACGUGCCCGCCACGCCCGCCACAGACACAGAAAAGCAGCUUCGGCGUGAGCAGGCGGGCCGGUGCCGCUGCCCGAGGGACGCCAGCAGAGCCUUCCCCCCGCAGGUCAAGAUCCUGCAGGCCACCGGGCUGCCGCAGCGCCUGACCCACUUCGUGUUCUGCAAGUACAGCUUCUGGGAUCAGCAGGAGCCAGUGGUGGCUGUCCCGGAGGUGGACACGCCCUCCUCGCCCGUCUCCGAGGAGCCUCAGUGCAUGGUGGUCUUCGAUCACUGCCACGAGUUUUCCGUGAACGUCACCGAGGACUUCACCGAGUAUCUGCUGGAAGGCGCCUUGGCCAUCGAGGUGUACGGCCACAAGGUCAACGACCCUCGGAGGAGCCCCGCCGUGUGGGACCUGGGGAUCAUCCAAGCAAAGACGCGAAGCCUUCGAGACAGGUGGAGCGAGGUCAGCAGGAAGGUGGAAUUCUGGGUUCAGAUCUUGGAGCAGAACGAGAAUGGCGACUACUGUCCCGUGGAAGUGGUUCCUGCCAAGGAUGUGCCGACUGGAGGGAUCUUCCAGCUCCGGCAGGUGAGAACUGGCUGUUCUGCGCACAGCCGUGAAUGCGCUGGCCGCCAGCUGACCCUCGGUUCCUGUGGAGCAGUGGCGGCGGCCACGUCCCCACCUCGUGUGGGUCCCCCAUGCAGGCGUAUUUUCUGUCAAGACUUACUCUUUGGGCACUCGUAA